AUGUCAUUGAACAAGGUGAUCCCGGAGGCGGGUAUCAGUCGCUUUCACUGCGAGAUCACGCAGCUUGGUGCAGCGGGCCACUUUCAGAUCUUCCCCGGUCUCAUGGUGAAGCUUGGGGAGACCGAGAUGCAGGUCCUGGCGCAAAGCUCCGCCGAGCCGUCGCUCACGGUGCUCUUCACGGAAGGCCCCUUGGCCGGCCACAAGGUGACGAUCCCGCCGGGCGGCAUCACCAUUGGCCGGGUGGCCGACAACUCCUUGGUGCUGGUACAAGACGGUUGUACGGUCUAUGGUCAUUUCUACGAAGAUGAUAUCGCAUAUCGAUGCGCGAACCACAUCGGGCACGGUGAGCGCACACCAUGCGAUGAUCUUCCUGGAGCAGGGUAG